UGUAAGCAGUCACGUUGUGUUGCAGUAUUAGAAGGAGCGUCUUCCCACAGCUUCGCAUCUUCCCCAUCACAUUCUGACGACUGUCUUCAGGAUUUCAUUUACCAACCAAUUUCUCAAGGUGGGUUUUGAGCAGUAGCCAUCAUGACACACCAGUACCCAGCCCUCACCACCGAGCAGAAGAAGGAGCUACAGGAGAUUGCCCAGCGCAUCGUGGCCCCCGGCAAGGGCAUCCUCGCUGCAGAUGAAUCCACAGGCAGCAUGGCCAAGCGGCUGAACCCUAUUGGGGUGGAGAACACGGAGGAGAACCGCCGCCUGUACCGCCAGCUCCUCUUCACGGCUGACGAGCGCAUCAACAGCUGCAUUGGUGGAGUGAUCUUCUUCCACGAGACUCUCUACCAGAGCACAGAUGAUGGCACGCCCUUCGUCAAGUUGAUCAAGGACAAGGGCAUCGUUGUAGGCAUCAAGGUGGACAAAGGUGUCGUCCCUCUUGCAGGAACCAAUGGAGAGACCACAACACAGGGACUCGAUGGCCUUUCAGAACGUUGUGCCCAGUACAAGAAGGAUGGUGCUGACUUUGCUAAGUGGCGCUGUGUUCUGAAGAUCAGCGAGACCACACCCUCAGCGCUGGCAAUCAUGGAGAAUGCCAAUGUCCUGGCUCGCUAUGCCAGCAUUUGCCAGCAGAAUGGCAUUGUGCCCAUCGUGGAGCCAGAAAUCCUUCCUGAUGGUGAUCAUGAUCUUAAACGCUGCCAGUACGUCACAGAGAAGGUCCUCGCUGCUUGCUACAAGGCUCUGUCUGACCACCACGUCUAUCUGGAGGGAACCCUGCUCAAGCCCAACAUGGUGACAGCAGGACACUCCUGCCCCACCAAAUACGGCUGUGGUGAAAUUGGCAUGGCAACAGUCACUGCCCUACGUCGCACCGUUCCUCCUGCAGUCACAGGUGUGACCUUCCUGUCCGGAGGACAAAGUGAGGAGGAGGCAUCCAUCAACCUGAACGCCAUCAACACCUGCCCCCUGAUCAAGCCCUGGGCACUCACCUUCUCCUACGGUCGUGCCCUGCAGGCCUCUGCCCUCAAUGCCUGGCGUGGCGCCAAGGACAACGAGAAGAGUGCCACUGAGGAGUUCAUUAAGCGUGCCCAGGCUAAUGGCCUUGCCGCCCAGGGCAAGUACAUGUCCAGUGGAACUGGUGGCGCUGCAGCGCAGUCCCUGUAUGUGGCAAACCACGCCUACUGAGCGUCUCAUUGCCUGCCUGCUCCAACUUCUGCUGACCAAUAGUAUCUUUCACCACUGCUACCCUUCAUGUCACCAACCAGUCACAGGCCUGUGCUGUCACCUGUAUUUUAGGGUUGUUCAUGUCUUCUAGGCCAUCUAUUUAAACCAGUGAAAAUGAGAAAGGGAAGAUUGGAGAGCAGAGAAUGGAUAUUUAAAAGGGCAUUUUAUGAAAUAUGGGAUAUUCUAAAUAAAAUCUAGAAUGUGUUAUAUAACAGCUGGUAACAGAAGUGGUCAUAGUGCUAUAUUUAAUAAGAAAUAGUAUUGCCAUCUUGGCUAAAUAAACUGAAACUCUAGUGUUUUUUUCCCCUUAUGUGUUUUUGUUUGUUUUUUUGGCUCAGGUGUUCACUUCCAGUGCUCUUCGCUCAGAUUCCUUAGCAGUUGAGUUAGACGGUUAAGUUCCACACAUUCCUGUUAAGUGCAGCCCAUGUCCUGCACUUCUGUCAGCAUGCAGCGUGGUCUCAUCUGUCCAUGCUGUAUGGAUAUUUUUUGUUUUCGUAAGCCUUGCCUGAAGAUGAGUGUGCAGUGAUGCUAAGCAGGAGCAAAACAGUUUUCAACGAGAGAGAGAGAGAUGUGGAGGGAGUAUUGUGUAUAGAUCACUACUCCUGGAGGAUGAGAAACAGUUUCAACAGCCUCACAACAGUUUCAACAAACAAUCCACUAACACUGAGGAAUGUUAUUUAGUGUGCAGUUCUCAUCUGCUGUAGUGAUGGGUGUUUUGGAUUAUGUGUCUACUGUUUUGUUAACAGAAUACUAACUAUAUUGGUUUGAAAGACAUGGACAAUUAUGAAAGUUUUAUGUGCUCCUUUGUGUAGUAAGCUUUAGUGUUCUACGUUCCUUCUUGCCUGCCUUUUCCAUCUUAGUGGCACAGUGAGAUCUGAGAGUGAGAUCUGUUGGGCAAAAAAUUGUUGGGAGUGGACCAAACUUUGGAGCUUGGGGGAGGGGACAGACACUGCUAAGUUGGGUAAACUGUGUUGCUGUUGUGUUAUCAUUCUUUAAGCAAUUGUUGUGUCGAAUAGAGAAACUAAAAUAAAAAUAUUUAAAUCCCA